UAUCUAUAUACGAGUAGAGUAUGUUAGGUUACAGGUCAAAUGUCAAGAUCCAAUAGACGUGCAAAUAAUUUGCAUAAUCUAUUAAGAAGACUAAGAUGAUAAUGUGUAUUAAAAAAAACUUCAGAAGUCAAUGAUCUGUGGGUGGCAUUUUAAGUUCUUCUGUCGAAUUACUUGAAGUCGAAAGAUCUUGAAAGGAAAGGGAAGGAUCGGAGAAGCACUUGGUUUGACAGUACUGAGUUACAAUAAUGGAAAGAGGAAAAGAAAGUGAAGGAGAAAGAGAGAAAGGACAAGCAAUAAAAUUAUCGAAAAGAGAAACUCUCUUCAACUACUGUGGAGGAUUCCUUGAAGCGGCCUUCUACAAAAUACUGGGACUAUGUUCUACAACUGAUCAGGUGUCGUUUUCUGCUCUUCGCAAGGUGAUGGAGAAUCUUGCUAAAUCAAGUGGCGCCAUGACGGAGGAGCAGUUGGACUUUCUCCUUCUGAAUCUCCAUCAUCUAUCCAAGUAUCGUGCUGAACAAAUUUUUCCUUCUGUAAAUGAAUAUGAAAUUCUUCAGAUUGUAUGUGGCAACAUAAGAGAUUUCCAUCGGUUGAAAAUGAAUGGCUGCGUUGAGCAUGAGAUAAUUGAAAAUGUCUUACCUCACUUUCAACUAAUGGCUGAGAGAAUAGGACACUUCCUUUUGGAUGAUGAUGAAUUAAUUGAUAGAGACUAUAGACUCUCAAAGCCAGCACAUCUACUCUUGAACAUUAUUCCCACUCAGUUGGAAGUUAUGCACAUGUGUCAUAAAAAUUUGAAAUCUUCAACAUCAGCAGAAGUUGGACGCUUCAUUGAGCAUCUCUCAGAAACCUCUCCAGACAUUCUUCGAGAAUAUCUCAUUCAUCUACAAGUGCAUAUGGUAAAUGUUAUUACUACUAGCACUUCAGAGGCUCGAAACAUUCAUGUCAUGAUAGAGUUCCUAUUAAUCAUUCUUACUAAUAUGCCAAAGGAGUUUAUUCAUCAUGACAAAUUAUUUGAUCUCUUGGCACAUGUUGGAGAACUUAUCAGGGAGGUAUCAACUCUUGUUCGUUACUUAGAAGAGAAUUCCAGAAAUGAAGAGAGUACCAUUGACCAUGCAACUUUGGACUUGAUGGAAAAUAUUGAACUCAUGAAAGAAGAUCUCAAACAUGUUUACUUAAAAUCCCCAGACUCGUCUCAACUAUACUUCCCUAUGAGUGAUGGAUCCCUCUUUAUGCAUCUUUUACUCAGCCACUUAAACGAUUUGCUCAAUUCCAAUGCUUACUCAGUUGCAUUGAUAAAGGAAGAAAUUAAGCUGGUGAAAGAAGAUCUAGAAUUCAUAAGAUCUUUUUUGAUAAAUGUUGAGCAAGAAUUUUAUAAAGAUCUCCGGGCACGUGUUUUAGAUUUGGCAUUUGAGGCAAAAGAUGUCAUUGAUUCAAUUAUCGUACGAGAUAAUGGUCUCUUACAUCUUAUUUUCUCACUUCCUUUUGUCAUAAGAAAAAUCAAGCUUACCAAAGAAGAGGUCCCUAAUUUACUUGACAAGAUUCAAAAGAAUAAGGGCCUCAUUAUUGUGAAGUCUCCCACCAAGCAUGUUGAAAGGAAGUCUUUAACAACUGGUCAAACAAUCGUAGGUUUUAAAGAGGAGACAGAUUUGAUUAUUAGUAAGCUCACCAGUGGACCGAAAAUGCUAGAUGUCAUUUCGAUCACUGGUACGCCGGGAUUGGGUAAAACUACUCUGGCUUACAAAGUGUAUCAUGAUAAGUCAGUUUGUAGUCAUUUCGACAUUCGUUCAUGGUGUACAGUUGAUAAAAAAUAUGACGAGAAGAAGUUGUUGGAGGACAUUUUUAAUCAAGUUACUGGCUCAGCUUCGAAAUACAGAGAUAAUAUUGAUGUUGCUAAUGAGCUACGGAAACAUCUGUUUGGAAAGAGGUUCCUUAUCGUCUUAGAUGACUUAUGGGAUAUUGCAGCAUGGGAUGAGUUAACAAGACCUUUUCCGGAAGCUAAGAAAGGAAGUAGAAUUAUUUUGACAACUCGAGAUAAGAAAGUGGCUUUGUAUGCACAAUGCCACAGUGUUCCUCUUGACCUUAGAUUGCUAAGGCCAGAAGAAAGUUGGGAGUUAAUAGAGAAAAGGGUCUUUGAAAAUGGAAGUUGCCCCGAUGAACUACUGGAUGUUGGGAAAGAAAUAGUCCAAAAUUGUAAAGGGCUUCCUUUGGUGGUUAAUCUGAUGGCUGGAGUCCUUGCUGAGAAGGAAAAGAAAAGGACUGUUUGGCUUCAAGUUCGAAAUAAUUUGCAUUCCUUCAUUUUACAGAAUGAAGUGGACGUGAUGAAGGUUAUAGCAUUAAGUUAUGACCUUUUACCAGAUCACCUAAAGUUGUGCUUGAUUCACCUUGCAAGUUUUCCGAAGGACAAAGCAAUUACAGUCUUUACUUUGAAACUUUUAUGGCCUGCUGAAGGAUUUUUGGAACAGAGAGAGAUGAAGAGUGUGGAAGAAACGGUUGAGGUUUAUCUGGAUAUUUUAAUUUCCAGUAGCUUGGUUAUUUCUUUCAAUGAGAGAGGUAAACACCCAACUUGCCAAAUUCAUGAUCUUGUGCAUGACUUUUGUUCCAUAAAAGCAAGAGAGGAAAAGUUGUUUGACUUGAUAACUUCAAGUGCUCCAUCAUCAUCUUCUUCUUUAGAUUUGAUGCCACGUCAAAUGGCCAUUGAAUAUAAUAAGGAUCGCUUUUGGGAUAGCAAUUUUGUGUUGUUCGAUCCAAAAAAGAGAAGGCAUUCUGGUAAACACCUCUAUUCUUUGACCAUAACUGAAGACGAGUUGCACGACAGUCUUUUGGAUAUAUGUCACCUAAGGCACUUGAGGCUUCUUAGACUCUUGCUCCUGCAUCAAUCUUUUAUCAAGGUGAAUGAUUCUUUGCUGAAUGAAAUAUGCACAUUGGUCCAUUUGAGGUUCUUAUACAUUAGGACAGAAGUUAAAUUUCUGCCCUCCUGUUUUUCAAAUCUCUGGAAUCUUGAAACAUUGUGGGUGAAUAACGAUGGACCACCCUUGGUACUACUACCGACAAUUUGGAAUCUUGUAAAGCUGCGAGUGCUGGCCAUAUAUGAUUGUUCUUUCUUUGAUUUAGAUACAGAUGAACCAAUAUCGAUAACAGAGGACUCAAAGUUAGAGAAGCUGAGAAUAUUAUGGGGACUCAAACUUUCCUAUUCGAAAGACACGGAGGAUCUUUUCAAAAGGUUUCCCAAUCUUCAAGAGCUUAGUUUUAAUCUCAAGGAAUCUUGGGAUUGCUCUACAGAACGAUAUUGGUUCCCGAAAUUGGACGUUCUAAAUGUACUAGAAUCUCUCAAAUUAACUUUUGAAAGUUCAAAUGAUAGUGCGCCGUCUGUAGCGACGAAUCGGUUGUGGGAUUUUUUCCUCCCUUUGAGUUUGAAACUAUUGAUGCUGCUUAAGUUUCCUCUGACAUCUGAUUCACUAUCAACAAUAGGAAGACUGCCCGAGCUUGAAGAGCUGUACCUUGUAGACACAAUCAUGGAGGGGGAAGAGUGGAACCUGGGAGAGGAAGACACCUUCCAGAAUCUCAAAUGUUUGACAUUGCAGCGAGUGACUCUUGCUAAGUGGGAGGUUAGAGAGGAAUCCUUUCCUGCUCUUGAGAAAUUACGACCGUGGGAAUGUCCUAAGCUUGAGGAGAUUCCCCCUAGUUUCGGGGAUAUUUGUUCAUUGAAAAGUAUCGAACUGUGGAGGAGCCCUCAACUUGAAGCGUCUGCCCUGAAGAUUAAGCAAGAAGUUGAAGAUAUGACGGGAGAAGACAGGAUUCAGGUCGUUGUUGACGGGAUUCAGGUCGUUGUUGAGUGAUUAAGUCUUGAGCGCUCUUACCAAGGGAAAAUAUGUGAGUAUAGACGAACUUAUUACCUCCUCCAUUUCAUUUUAUGUGAAAGAGUUUGCAGAGUGCAUGUACAUCAGCUUUUGAGGCUAAAGAUGCAUUUCUCCAUGCUAUUUCACUCCUUUUCUUUUACUCUGUUGUAAUUUUCUUUACUGUUUCAGCAAAUGUGACGAGUACUCUCAAUUUUUCUUCUUGAAAUACUAUUACUUGAAUGCAUAUUACUAUAUGAUUUAAUUAA